AAAGCGGUGAUUGUAGGAAAAUUGUUGCUACGACUUAGAAAACAGAGAAAGAGCAGACAAUAAUUCGAGAUAGCACAGGCUCUGUGUAGCUUUAUUUGUAGUUUGAACCUGUGUUAUUGUGUUAAAGGUUUAUCUCACGAUAGUGUGUUUUUACUAAACUCAUUACAACAUCUUAACCGGUUUAAGAGUUUGUACUCGCUGGGUGGGAUUUAUCCCUCAUUCCCCAGCUAGUUAAGUUAGCUGGCGAAAGCUGCUAAUAGGCUAGCUGGCUAACUAACGUGAACUCUGCUGCUCAGACGUGAGCAGUCGCACUACCCAACAUUUAUACACAAUAAAGUUUAUUAGUGAGCAAGAGGAUACAAUUCUUUCUGUGCUCAGUCAUGGAAAAAGAUGUUGGUCAACAGGAGAAUAAUGAUGCCAUUGUGAACCAACCCAAGAAACUGCCGUACAGAUACACAAAGGAGGAGCUUCUGGAGAUAAAAGAACUGCCAAUCUCCAAUGAAAGGCCAGAAUGUCUCUCAGACAAAUAUGACAGUGAUGGUGUGUGGGACCCAGAAAAAUGGCAUGCGUCCCUGUACCCAACUUCAGAGCGAAACUCUCCUGUAGAAGGUUUUAAAAAGGACUACGGAGACGACAGAGUUCCUCCGAAACGAAGAAUCCCAGAUCCUCGUGAGCGGUUAAAGGAGGAUGACAUGGAUGUCGUACUGAGCCCACAACGGCGUAGCUUUGGAGGUGGCUGUCAAGGCAAUGCAGCACCUGUGGUCCACAUCCGUCGACCAAUCAGUCCUCUGGAAAAUAAGGAAAAUGAGUCUCUCCGUCUUGGAGGAGCUCGCAGAAUCGGCAGUGGACGAAUUAUUGCUUCCCGUGCCUUUGAGAGAGAAGCCCGUGUAGAGAAAGAAAGGGAACGAGAAAGAGACUUUAAAGAUAAAAGAUUCAGGAGAGAUUUUGGUGAUAAACGUGUGUUUAGUGAGAGAAGAAGAAAUGACUCUUAUGCAGAGGAGGAGCCAGAGUGGUUCUCAGGUGGUCCCACCAGCCAGUCAGAGACAAUAGAGCUCAUUGGUUUUGAUGACAAAAUCUUGGAGGAAGAUAAACGCAAAUCUAAGCGAUCAAGAAAGCGGACGGACUCUGUGAAAGAAGCAGUUGAAUGCAAUGGUGGACUAGCUGAGGAGCAAGGUGUGGGCUUGCAGUCUACAGCAGACCAAGAAGUUCCCCAUCCUGAUGUUCUUCCAGACCAGUCAACUGGGGACUUUGACUUCAACGAAUUCUUCAAUCUAGAGCAAACUAUGCCAGGACUGGUUUCUAUGAUAGAGGAUGUUUUGGGAGAGGGUCCAGUAUCCGCAAGCCGCUUCAGCCAAUUUUUUACCAGGAACAUCAGUCCUUCAGGCAGCCAGUCUAGCAGUUUGAGGUCCACUCCUCAUGAAGAGCUGGAAAAACUUGGAGAGUGCAAGGAGAAAGUGGACAUCCUGGACCUGCUGCACAAAGCCAAAGUAGACCUGAAGCCCCUUCUGUCAACACUCUCAGCCAACAAAGCCCGACUACAGGAAAGCACUAAUUCAGGGGUGGUGCUCUCACUGGAGGAAGUGGAGGGAGAGAUGAAGGGAAUGAAGUUGUACGCAGAGCCACGUGUGAAGAAGGUGUCCCCUCCACAGAGAAGAGAUGGCACACCCUUUAUGGCUGAGCAUUUAGAGGAGGCUUUAACUGGUGGCCCCAGCAGCCGACCACGUUCGCGUGAUACAGACAUGUCAGCCUUUAAUAAACUGGUCAGCACCAUGAAGGCAAGUGGAACUCUGCCAACUCACCCCAAACUCAACACAAACAAUCAACCUUCAGAUCAAAGUGUGACACUGCCUGACGCACCUGCUCAGCAGCAGAAAAAUAUAUUCCAGGAGCUAUUGGGAGGUCGUAGCGUCUCCCCAACACCUUUAGGUGGUUUGUUGGGCAACUCUGAGCCUCCAGUGGUUGCUGCUCCUCUACAUGGUUUACUACACAAGGGCCCCUCGCCCCCUCUCUUCCCACCGAGGGCCCCAUCACCUGACUACUUUAAAAGCAGGUUGCCACCUUCUGCAGGAUUUCCUGUUGGUCCUCAGCCCAUCCUGUCGGAACAGUUUGCUGAUGUACACCGGUCGAUCAGUCCUGCACAACAGAUGAGGGUGCUCUCACUACCAAUAAAUCAUUCUGAUCUAGAAGCCCUGGCACUUCAGCAGGAUCUCUCUCUACAUGCCCACCCCUCAUUUCAGCCAGGCUACAACAAACACCCGCAGGAUAGGUCUUUCCGAAACAGACCGCAGCAUAUUAAUCGGUCACCUGGACCUCAGUCUGCUGGAACAAGCUCUCCAGGAAAUGCGGUCACCAGCAUGUUGUCCCCAUCAUUCACUCCCACAUCUGUGAUCCGCAAAAUGUACGCAACAAAAGAAAAAGGCAAAGAUGAACCAUUGGGUCGUUCAGAGACCAAAGAGGGGGCAGCAGUUAACUCACAAGAUGGUAGCAGCUCUCCAAAUCUAUUAAUGGAAUUAAUGGAUGGAAAUAUUGCACAAUCAGGAGUAAAGCCCAGCUCUCAAACAUCGCAAAGCAAAGAUCUAGAGCGUCUGAGGCUCAGCUCUACUGCAAACCAAAUUCCCAAUAUGGUACCUCCAGGACCGUCUUCAUCUUUUCCUCGUCCCAUCUAUCCAGUACCACUUCUAUCUCAUGUUCCCAUGGUACGCCCACCCCCACAGCUCCACCCCAAUGUUAUUCAACGAAUGCUGGCACAGGGGAUCCAGCCCCAGCAGCUCGGACCAGCUCUUGUGCAAGCAGGUAUCUUUCCACCACAUGUUGACCUUGCACAACUUCAAGGCUUGCCUCCUGCCCUACUAGGACAGCCUCUGUACCCACUGAGUGCAACAGGACAUCCACUUCUACCUCCCAGAGCCAAUACUCCAAUGCAGAUAGCAGUUAUGCAGCAGCAGCUUCAACAGCAAAGACCAAUACAUCCCAACGCACCAGGCAUUCAGUCACACAUCCAAGGCCCCCAUCGAACAAAUGGCAACCAGCGUCAUGGGGGAAGCCCACCUCCAGGCCUCGCCAAGUGGUUUGGAUCAGAUGUACUUGAACAGCCACUGCCCUCUAUGCCAGCCAAAGUCAUCAGUGUAGAUGAAUUGGAGUUUAGGCCAUAAGUUAAAAUGCUUUGCUGGAAUUUUUUUUUUUUUCCCCGUUUGCCCAUUUCCUCCUCUUGGUUACCAUAAAAUGUGAACUUUAAUUUGAAAGAUGGUGCAUCAUGGGACAUUCUAACCAUGCCGUGCUCUGUUUUCAUGAAGCAAGUGGAGAUUUAUUUUGCCAGCUAAGUGAGUUUUUUUUGUAUUAGACAGUAAAUAAUGUAAAGGAUUAAUUGUACAGACCAUGGGAAAGAAUCUUAUUCUCUGUAUAUAGCAAUGUUUUUCUUGUUUUUUAGUUUUUUUUUUUUCUUCUUCCCUUUACCUUCAUCUUAUUGUGGGAAGAUGAAACAGGAGGAAAAUAUGUAAAAGUCAUUAAGAGCUGGUAGCAUUCCUUAAUUGCUUCUCUCCCUGACAAGAAGAGCCACUGUAAAUGAGCAAUGGUAGGGUAGGUUGAGUUAGUUCAGUGCACACUCCAUCUUUGGCUAGUGGCUUUUCUUUGAGGUUAAGCGUAGCAAGACACCACUGAAGGAUGCAGCAAGCUGGUUGUGCCUUUUUUGUUUUGCUUUCCCCAACUGUAUCUCCUCCAGUUCUGUAUCAUCAGAGGGAUUGCACUGUUCACACUGUUAUUUGAGGGUGCUUG